GGUGGCGUUCUUCCUAUUCUGUUCCGGAUCGCAAUAAUCUCAGCAGGACGCUUUAUUCCGGAUUUGUUAGAAAUUGUGCGCCCGGACCUCAGGCUGAAAGAGGGGAUUGGAGCAUGGAGGGGCUUCAGUGUUCCACAUAUAGUCUCCAUAAUUUGGGGCCUACACAGCAUGGUUGAGUUGUGUUCCUCUCAAGUUCCUGUUCUCUCCACGAGCCCCCAUUCUCACGCAAAUAUGGACCAACCUGCAGAUCCCCCAUCAGGCCUUCCACCAAAGGACCAGCCUUUGACCCCUCCAGCUGUGACAGCCCCUCGGAAACAAGCUCGUCUUCAGGAGAGGCGGGGCUCCAAUGUGUCUUUGGUGCUGGAUGUGAGCAGCUUAGGUACUGUAGAACCCCUGUGCUCCAUCUCCACACCCCGCGAGACCAUCCUUCACCUCCUCAGGACCAGCACACGCCCCCUGACUGCUGCCCAGCUCCAGGAAGCUGCUGGCCAAACAAACACGCUGGACAAAGAGUACCAGAAAAUCCCCCCAAACUUUGUAAAUUCAUCAGAGUUGGACAUCCCGGGCCACGCCUUAAAGGACCGCUACAAGACCAUACUGCCCAAUCCCGAGACUCGGGUGCACCUACAAAAACCAGGGGCUGAAGGGAAAGGAGAGAGCUACAUCAACGCAAACUAUGUCCGGGGUUAUGGCGGCAGUGCAAAGACCUACAUCGCUACCCAGGGACCAAUGGUCAACACUGUGGGGGAUUUCUGGGAGAUGGUGUGGCAGGAAGAUUCCUCCAUCAUUGUCAUGAUCACAGACUUGAAGGAGAAGAAGGAGAAAUGUGUGCUCUACUGGCCCAAGAAGGAGGGCAAGUACGGCAGGUUUGAUGUGAGAGUGACAGAUGUCGAAGAGUGUGAAGGAUACACCAUCCGAGACCUCACCCUACAGGUGGAAUCAGAGGUCAAGCAGGUGAGACACUACUGGUACUCAACAUGGCUGGAUCACCAGACUCCAGACUGUGCUGGUCCUCUGUUGCGGCUAGUCAAGGAUGUUGAGGAUAAAAGGAGGUCUCUCAGCAACCCAGGACCUACCAUUGUUCACUGCAGUGCAGGGAUUGGUAGAACUGGUUGUUUCAUUGCCAUCAGCAUCGGCUGCCUGCAGCUCCAGCACGCGGGAGAGGUGGACGUGCUUGGAACUGUCUGUCAGUUACGCCUUGACAGGGGCGGGAUGAUACAGACCAGCGAACAGUAUCAGUUUCUGUACCUGACCCUGGCCCUGUACAGCCGUCGGCUGGGAGAUGGACACUUGGGCUGGGAGAAUGACAGCAAGCAGUCGAACAGAACAUCUGAGGAGGACCAGCAUGCCUCACCACCAGCAAGGAAACACCAACAACACUGGUCCCCGUAGGUGCUGGAUGGCAGACUCUGUGAGAGGAUGAUGGCUCUGUCUUCAUCCAGGAUUUUUGUUUCAGAUGGCUUAUAGCUUACAGGUCUAACUAAAAAUAAUAAUAAUGAAACAGUAUACCAGUAAAAUGGGGGACAGGCUAUUGGAUUAGAAUUGUGAAAAUGUCAAAUCACAUUAUUGUAACCUCCUGAAGCAGGGGCAGAUCAACCUGCAUUUUGCCAAAUGUGUGCACACUGCUAAAUUUCAGCUGCAUUGAAAUCUGGAAACUGAGCCGAUGGUGUUCAUGUAAGUGCUCUCUGGAAUAUACUAGCAAUAGAGCCAACAAGCCAAGAGUGCCGGCGAGAGUGGCUUCCAUGAUGGAGAGCCAGGAGAGGAUCCUCUGAGUGUUUUCCCAGGUUAACGUCAGCUUCAAGUGCAUCACAGAGGUGCUCCUGUAGCAGCCAGUUAUUCAUGCCCCUUUCACUGAUUCAGCCGUAAGGGGAAGUACUGUCACAAUAAUUCUGAAUAAUUAAUGAAGAAAAACGUUUUAUUUAUAUUGUGCCGAAAUUAUGCUUAUUGCUUUUUUUGUGGACGUUUUAAAGAAACCCUCUUCACAGGACAACGGUUGAUCUUCUCAGACUGUACCAGCAUUCAGAAAACAAAACUGCAGUCUUCUCUUCUGUACCCUGGUUACAGAGCUCCAUGGU